GUCAUAAAUACCUGGAUUAUUUACAUCAAAAUGGCUUUAACAUGCCAAAUCCUGUGGCAAUUUUCCUUUUUCCUUAUAGAAAAGCAUUUUCAUUAGUAUUUUCUUCUAGAGCUGUAGCUUCUAAGCCUGGUGAGCUUCUAAGAAAUGCAGAUUCUUUGGGCUCAGCACAGAUCCACUGAAGAACCUCUCUGAAGGAGGGGCCCAGCUAUCAGUGCUUUUAAAGCUUUUCUGCUAUCUCUGGUGACAACCCACUUUUGAAAGCUCACUUAACCUUUUGAGGGUUAUCAGCCCCUUUGAGAUGCUGAGGAGAUAUGCUCAUCCUGCUCCAGAGAAAAAAGCCUCACAGGCGCAGAGAGUGAGCCAAGAUGGCGGCGCCCGUGGAUCUGGAGUUGAAGAAGGCCUUCACAGAGCUUCAAGCUAAAGUUAUUGACACUCAACAGAAGGUGAAGCUUGCAGACAUACAGAUUGAACAGCUAAACAGAACGAAAAAGCAUGCCCAUCUUACAGAUACAGAGAUUAUGACUUUGGUAGACGAGACUAACAUGUAUGAAGGUGUAGGAAGAAUGUUUAUUCUUCAGUCCAAGGAGGUAAUUCACAAUCAGCUGUUAGAGAAACAGAAAAUAGCAGAGGAAAAAAUUAAAGAAUUGGAACAGAAAAAAUCCUACCUGGAGCGCAGCGUGAAGGAAGCUGAGGACAACAUCCGGGAGAUGCUGAUGGCACGAAGGGCACAGUAGGAAGCCUCUAGGGAAGCUUUCCUCCUGACGGCCCCCAUUCCUGGCAAGGACAAGGGGCUCGUGUAGGGAAAUAGCCUCUGCUGUACCCUGAUGGACGUUUUAUCUGGAUGGCCCGGUAACCCUAUGUUUUCUACAUCACCCUGAGCCCCUGUCAAACCCCAAGCCCAUAUUUUUUAUCCUGGCUCUGCCUGCCAUCUCUGCCUAAGACACUCUUCUCCCCUGGGGUGAGUCCUGAACUCCCAGGAGAGGGGAGAUGGGAGCCAGGACAGGUAGGGGAGUGUGCCCAUGCCCUCUACUAGUCAUGCUGGUCAGACCAAUAAAAGGCAUCUGUGCCACUCUGCCAAGUUUGCUUUUCUUGAGCCGAUGGAUGAGAACAGAGAGGCAGAGGCUCUCUCUACCUGAGCUCUUCCCUGUCCCUCUCUGGGGCUGCGGCCCUGCUCCUUCUGCAUCGAAGUCGUCCCCACUUAUUUUUUCCUCUAUGAUCCUUCUUCAAGUAAACCCCUCAAGCUCACAGCCUCCAUGGGAUGUGCAAGUAGGAAAGAAAGGAGACCAGGGCAUAGCUGAAUUUAUGUGAGGACAGCAGUCUUCGGUGGCAGUCUGCCUAAAGAUUCCUUUCCUGCUUUUUCCCCAACAUCCCAAAAGAAAAUUGACUGAUAAGCCAGCAGCACCUCCAAGACUGUCUCCCUUUGGUCAUAAGGUGGACACCACAUCCUGAGGCCUCCUAGAGGCUUGGGGGCCGUGGUGUGUUGGAGCUGGCUUAUGCUGGCUCAGGAGAGCCAGUUAUUCAAUUUUUAGGAAUUUUGUUGCAAGCCAGUUGUUAAACACAGCCAUUAUUAAAAAUUAAAUUAUGUAACUUUACAAUUAAAUUAUUAAAGAACAAGGGUAAUAAAUAUUCAAAACAUCUCUCUUUCUAAUAACUAAA